AGUGGAAAGGAGAAACGCGGCGAGGAGGAGGAGAUGUCGAGGAGGGUUGGCAGGCAGAUCGCGUGAUUGAUGCUUCCUUGGCUCAAUGGGAAGGCCGCUCGGGUCGGGGCGGGCGUUUCUGCUGGCAGCCAGAGCGCUGCGCCGCGGUGAGGAGCGGGCAGUCAGCUUCUGCGCGGUGUCAAUGUAGCGUUGGUAUCGCUGCUGCUCUUGCAGCCGCCGCCGCCGCUUCUGACCCUGAGUAGGAAGGCACGGCUAGAAGAAGAAAGACUGUUAGCCACGUAAGUAGCUAUUAAUACAUGGUGAAGAGACGAUGGCUUGCUGAAAGGGAUUGGCUCGGCCAUCCCUUUCCUCCCCACUCCUUCUACCUCUAGGAAUAAAGAACGGCGCCUGCAAUAUACAUUUAUUCAUAUCGAAGUGGCUGCAUCGCCUCCCUCCCUCCUUUUCUGCAUCUCAGGACUCUGGGGAGGGGGCUAAGAAGAUCGUCGGGAGGGUGAUUUUUUUUUUUUCUGCAGCGCUCUCUUUUUUUUUUCUCGUCCUUUGUGGUCUUUUUCUUUUUUUUGCUUGAAUGUGCACUGCACUCAAACCAUCCGGUGAACAACGAAGAAAGACCGGACAUCACCCAGGCCAAUGGAAAGCUAAAGAGCAUCGAUUUAUUCUUGUCCUUGGUUGCACUUUUCCGUCUGAUCAAAGGAAGCCAACGCACGCAACCAAUUCAGCGCUGCAGCUCCUGAAGCUUCGCGCACUUCGUAUCCUGGUAGGAGCGGCGCUUUUAGUUUGGGAAACGUUUUUCUUGCACCGCAAAGGAGGUUCAAUUAAAAUAAAUCCGGAUCUGAUCAGAUAGCGUACUCCCGCACCGUUAGCCGAGCGUCUCGGCAAUCCGCUGAAGUUAAAUACUCCGCUGCUUAUUUUUUUUUUUUAUUUAUUUGUCUUGGGUUGCUUCUCUGAAUAUAGUCCUUUCCACGAGGGAAAAAAGGAUCAGACGCCCUCUACAGUUUAAAGUAGGUUAUUAAAAACCGUAUCGAAAAAGCAAGAAAGAAAAAGCCCGUCGCCUGCUGUAGCACGUUCAAAUAACCCGUGUGAAGAUUUCGAAGCGAGCAAUUGGAGAAUCGGAGACUGAUAACGAACCUGGCCCUCGGAACGCGUUUACCAGCUGUUUUGAUUUUUAAACCCCGCGGCGUUUCCGGGGAGGUUCCGCUUUGCUCAGUUUUUCUACUUUGCGGGACUUCGCCGCUUUUGAGUACAAAGGUGUAGCCAAACGUUCGAAUCGAACGCGGCCGAGGUUCGGCGGGGAGAAUCGUUCGAUCGAUCGCCCACCCCACCCCCCAACGCCCCCUUCCCAGCGACGAGAGAUCAUCCGCUUUUUGGCUUCUGGAAACCGGACUGUAGAUCCUACAGAAACCUGCCACCCGAGCACUCUUUUCUACGACAGCACAAAGGCAUUCUUGCGGCCGGCCUGAAGCUGAGCGACUGAUAACGCCAAAAGAAUUGUGCGCGUGUUGAGUGAGUUGUGAGUGUGAGGGAGAGAGAAAUUGGGGGGGGAUUUCUUGGAGGGUUUCUUCUCCAUCCCCAUGAACAUACAAAGGUCAACCCCAAUCACGAUAGCACGGUAUGGAAGACCUCGGAAUAAAACCCAAGAUCUAGAGGAGCUCUCGUCUAUAAGACAGACUGAAUCCAGCCAGAGUUUUAGCCCCAAUCUUGGCUCGCCGAGCCCGCCAGAGACUCCGAACUUGUCGCAUUGCGUUUCUUGCAUUGGGAAAUACUUAUUGCUGGAGCCUCUGGAAGGAGACCACAUUUUCCGGGCCGUGCAUCUGCACAGCGAGGAGGAGCUGGUUUGCAAGGUGUUCGACGUUGGCUGCUACCAAGAAUUACUGGCGCCAUGUUUUUGCAUGCCUCCUCAUGACAACAUCAACCAAAUUACCGAAGUCAUUCUUGGAGAGACGAAAGCUUAUGUGUUCUUUGAACGGAGCUAUGGGGACAUGCAUUCCUUUGUUCGUACCUGCAAGAAGCUGAAGGAGGAAGAGGCAGCCAAGCUAUUCUAUCAGAUAGCCUCUGCAGUAGCACACUGUCACGAUGGCGGGCUGGUCCUGAGGGAUCUCAAGCUGCGGAAAUUCAUUUUCAAGGAUGAAGAAAGGUCAAGAGUAAAACUGGAGAGCCUUGAAGAUGCUUAUAUAUUGCGAGGAAAUGACGACUCCCUUUCUGACAAGCACGGAUGUCCAGCCUACGUGAGCCCAGAAAUCCUGAACACAAAUGGCAGCUACUCCGGCAAAGCAGCGGACGUGUGGAGUCUAGGCGUCAUGCUAUACACAAUGCUAGUUGGACGCUAUCCAUUUCAUGACAUUGAACCGAGUUCUCUCUUCAGUAAAAUCCGCCGUGGGCAGUUCAGCAUUCCAGAGACUUUGUCCCCCAAGGCGAAAUGCCUUAUACGUAGCAUCCUGCGCCGAGAGCCCUCAGAGAGGCUGACUUCGCAGGAAAUUCUGGACCACCCUUGGUUUUCCACAGAUUUUAAUGUGUCUAAUUCAGGAUAUGGUGCUAAGGAAGUAACAGAUCAGCUGGUGCCUGAUGUUAACAUGGAAGAGGAUUCUGAUCCAUUCUUUAACUAAGCGUCAGGACUGAUAAAGGUAAUGCAUGGUCCAGAAAGGACAACCUGAAGGGAGACCUUUCUGAAAAUGCAGAAUUAUAUCUCUGUCUCAUCCUGGCUUGAUAGCAAAAAAAGGACCCACUUGGAGGAAGCUUUUGUUUUGUUUUGUUUUUAAGGCUGGAGAGGGAACAUUCAAGAACCAAUUUAGCCUGUGAAUGGGUAGACAGGAAGAAUUGUUGCUAUCAAGUUAGACUGACAGCGAGGAAAAAAAAAAGGAGAAGGCAGCAGCACCGAGCAGCUUUGCUUCUCAUUUUUAUGGAGCCAAGGACACUGCACACCCAACGUUUCCGAUGCAGCCACCAGUACACCACUCCUGAUCCCAUUUCAUUCAAACACUUACGAUUCCCAGUGGAUAGGAACUCUUGCAUUUUGGCAUCGCACUGUUAGAUAUUUAACUUCAGCCAUUAUUCAGGGAAGGUACAAUUCGCUAUUAUUUUGUUCCUUUGUUUCCUGUUUUCAGAAUCUGAAUCUGGGCUUCAUCUUCAGGAGGACGGGUAGGAAGCACACAAAGGACAAUAUGAGAAGUGAAUGCUAAACAAGGUUUUGGAACAUAUCUCUGGAUUCCUAGUUUUAAGUUGACAGAUAUGUUAACAUUUUUUGGGAAAUGAUGUUUGGAAUGUUUUAUUUUGGAGGGAAAAAUUCUCUCCUAAUCGGUUGUAUUCAGAUAUUCUCCUGAUCAGAACCUACAAAAGAUUCUUUGAUCUAGUGAGGGCUUCUCUGCAUGACAAAACGAGUUUGCUGAGGGAAACUCUCUGUUUGCCACUUGAGGAGACACUCCUGAGAAAAUUAUACAAGAAAUUACACACAGUAGAAUAAAGCUGUAGCGAUGACCCUCCCCAUCGUCUAUCAAUAGCAGUUUCCACUGGAUCAAAGAGCUUUCUGUAAGCAGAGUAGAUUCAGUUGAAUACAAGCCAUUGGUUUUGGUGGGCUUGUUUUGGGGUUAGAGCUUUUAUUGCAGGGAGCCAGAAGUCAGACUUUUUCACCAUGUAGUCAAAAGACUAUAGAAUUGUCUUCUUUGGUUUGCCAAGGACUGUUGAAAUACUGGCUUUCACUUUGACCCACUACACAUAAAGUUGACCAGGUGGGGCGAGAAGGAUCUCCUUUGGAUUAUUUCAAGAAAGAAACAAAUUUGAUCUUAGAACUGGCUAAGCCUCUACAUGUCCUGAAUAUGCACAGAAAGUGGAUCUUUCUGAAGUAAGAAAUAUGUGCCACCUGCCUCUGCCCUGAAUAUCUUGGUAGGGCAGUGGCUUAGGUUCUCUUGCUUUCAUUUUUGACUUACAACAAGGAUGCUCUUUUAUUUUUCUGUUUAUUCACCUGUUAAUAAGCUGAACAUUGCUGGGACACAGACCUGUCUCCUGAAAAGUACAUUGUAAUAUGCACCUUUUUUAUUGUCAAGAUUUUAUUUAUUGAUGAAUCUGUCACAGUUGUGAUGAAUUUAAGCCAGUACUUCAAUUACGGGUUGACUUGGGGUGACAUGUUACAUGCUGUAGUUAACAAACUUGUAUUUCUCUUCAGGUAUUCCUGUCCCUGACUGACACAUUUUAACACCCCCCCAUCCCCCAUUCCUCCUGCAGGUCCACCCCUUUGUUAAAGCUUUCAUGUUGAUUUAGACUGGCAAAUGAUUUUUAUUACUGCUUUUAUAUUGCUAUAUGACAUUGGAGGAAACAGCGGAAAACCAACACAUCUUUUUUUGGGCAUAGAUAUUUGUGUUUCCAGUACCUCAGCUGUUCUGAUGUUACUGCCUGUAUGCGUUUUUGUGAAGUGGUCCUGUUUUUUGGAUAGGUACAUGUGGACUCUGUAGUUUGUAAAUGUUACUUGAAUUUUGUGCUUAACUAUAGUCUGUGGCAUGUGCGUACAGCUACUUGGCAUUUGACGUAUGAAUGCUCUUCGCCUGCCCUGCGGGAAGGUUUUGAUCCCACUUGCCGAGAUGAUGGUUCAGAGUUCCUUAUCAAGAGACAAAACUGCAGCUGACCUGCCUUGCUUCUAUUUUGGUAUCUAAGAAUAUAAAAGAGUAACGUUUUUACACUCUGAAGAUGGUGCUGUGUUGAGGGACUUCUUCUGUUUUUUUUUUUUUAAGCAUUUAUUUUAUAAACUCGUAGGAAGAAAGGUUGGUGAUGUGCAUGGUGGGAUUUUACUGCCUCUGGUGCUUUGUCUUGUAUUUGGUUUAAUGUUUUUUGUCCUAAUCUCUUCAAUAAACAAAAUUGUGCAUAUUUAACUAAA